UAGCGUACCACUAGAUAGAGCUUGUGGAUAGGGGACUGUUCCAGCCUGUCCGCGGUUCGAGCAAGAUGUGGACCUGGACUUCUUUUCUGCUUUUGUAUUGUACGUGGCUUGGGAUGUCCUGGUCGUAUACGUUGAGGAGACUGGGUAGAGGCCUCCACAAUCAACGGCCCAAGACAAGGGGUCUGUCUUUGUUGCAUAGAAUGGGCAGUGGUCUAUUUGGAGCUCGAGUUUGCCCGAUGGGACGACUACUGCUGCGUUGGGAGUGUGAUUCUGUCUUUGUUCAAGGCAGUCUCACCCUGACUCGGUCAUCACCAUUUCAGUAUGCGUUCGGUGAACUUGGGAUAGUACCGAGAUAGUAUCCUGACAUAAAUGCAAGGCAAAACUACAUGCGUA